AAACAAAUAAGAAAUUCCAAUGAGUAUAGAAACUAUAAAGAAACCGACGAAAUAUGAGUAGUCAAAUAAAAAAAUGCACCGGUUGCCAAUUAUUAGCACAUGAUUUUAUGGAAAUUAUAUUAGAUGAUGACAAAUUAACAGACUUUCUAAUAGGACACGGUGUCAUCUGCGCUGAAAAAUUUUGCGAAAUUUGCAGCAAGCCCUGCCGCCUUGUUAAGUUGAAGGACAAUUUAGUUUAUCGUUGCCGCAGGACUCGCAUUAUUGCAAAAAAUAAGAAGCGAAAGAAAGCGGCGUGUGACUUCAUGCAGAGUGUAAGGAAUAACACUUAUUUUUCUGGCUCCCAAUUGUCGAUACGGGACAUAUGCCUCUUCAUGCAUUACGAAAUGAUUGAGAUCAGUCCCAUAACGGAGUUCCUCAAGCAGGAAUUCAAUUGUAGCACGGACACCGUCAUCAACUGGAGACACUAUUUGCGUGAAGUGUUCGUCGAAUGGGCAGCCGACCUCAAUUGCGGCAAGCUGGGAGGACCGGGAAGAACUGUCGAAAUUUAUGAGUUGAUGGUCAGCAAGCGUAAAAUAAAUCGAGGGAAAUUAAAGGAUGGUCAAUGGGUUCUUGUUGCCUUUGAGCGAGAUGCGAAAAAGCUCUAUAUUAAACCCAUCGAGAAUAAAACAAAAGAAGAUCUUUUGGGAAUAUUACAGGAUAAAAUUGAGGAUGGUACGACCGUUAUCUCAUCUUACAGUUGCCUCGAGGACGAAGACUUUAGGCUCAUUGAGGUGAACCAUUCAAUUUGCUUUGUGAAGGGACACACAAAACAAGUCGACAAUAUCUCAAAAUAUGCACGCAAAGAUCUCGGCUACUUGGCGAGCUUUGUGUUUAAGGCGCACUACCCCAAUUAUCAGGACCGGUUCCAUAACUUCUUGACCAAAAUAGCAAAGCUUUAUGAAACGCAACAAACAGAGGAGCAGCAUGAAGAUAAAUUGAUUGGCUUGGAGAUUCAAUUCUGCCAACAACAGGAUAGUAGAAGAUACUCUUGUGAUGUGCAACAAGGAUAUAGUUAAAAGUUUGACAAGUCGUGAUGAAAUGUGCUUUCGCGAUGGAAAUAUUUUUUGUUGCUGACAGCAUGCACGUUGCAUAAAAUGGAUAUUGUUUUAUUGAAGAUAAUUCGAAUAAAACAGGCUCAAAAGUAGGCGAAGCACUUUUUUUUAGCAACUACUCCAA